UACACUUCUCUCAGUCUCUCUGGGCGAGUGGAGGUGAACACAUCGUGUACAGCAAGGAGGGAGAUGGAAAUCUGUCUGACUUUAAUUCUUCUCUCAUCCACACUCACAAUAACAGCAGCUGACAGUGUGAGGUUGGUGGAUGGUGGAAGUCGCUGUGCUGGGAGAGUGGAGGUACUUCAUGAUGGACAUUGGGGAACAGUGUGUGGUGAUGACUGGGAUAUGAACAAUGCUGCAGUGGUGUGUAGAGAGCUGCGCUGUGGGGAGGCUCUAAAUGCACCAAAAUACGGUCACUUUGGACCAGGCUCAGGACCAAUCUGGAUGGUUGAUGUGAGCUGUAAUGGAUCAGAGUCGACACUGAAGGACUGUGGGUCACGUGGGAGGGGGGAACUUUACUGUGGACAUGUUCAUGAUGCUGGAGUCACCUGCUCAGGUCAGAAUUCCAGACUCAGUGCUGGUCCUCACCGUUGCUCUGGGAGAGUGGAGGUGUUUCAUGGACGUUCCUGGUACACAGUGUGUGAUGCUGACUUUGACCAGCAGGAUGCAGAGGUUGUGUGUCGAGAGAUUGACUGUGGGAUUCCUGUGAAGGUUCUGAGAUCAGCUGCUUUUGGACGAGGGGAGGGUCAGGUGUGGACAGAGGAGCUUCAGUGUAGAGGAAAUGAAUCUGACAUUACCUUCUGUCCAACAUCAUCUUCACUCAAACACUCAACCUGUUCCCAUGACAAUGAUUUGGGAUUAAUAUGUUCUGGUCACACAGAGGCGCGGCUGGUGAACGGACCGGACUCCUGUUCUGGUCGAGUGGAGCUCCUGUACCUCGGUGUGUGGGGCACAGUUUGUGCUGUAAGCUGGAAUAUGAGAGCUGCAGAUGUUCUGUGUGCACAGCUGGAUUGUGGGAGUGCUGUGGCUGUGGUGAAGGUGGACUGGUUUGGGGAGGGGAGUAACCACACCUGGGCUGAUGUGUUUGAUUGUCAGGGGAAGGAGACACACCUAUCACAAUGUGGCGUCUCAUCAUGGAGUCGAGCUGCAUGCUCUCAUAAACAUGACAUUGGAGUCAUCUGUAAUGGAUCCUCUGUGGCGCUUCAUGAGGGGCGAGUGCGGUUGUCUGGAGGGAGCGAGUGUCAGGGGGAGGUGGAGAUUUAUUUCAGGCAGGACUGGAGGAGAGUUCUCCUGGACUCGUGGACUCUGUCUGAGGCGUCUGUGCUCUGCAGACAGCUGGGCUGUGGCUCUGUGCUGAACUACCGCUUCUCUCCAUCCACCACUGAACACAAACACAUGUGUGUAACAGGUUUCAGCUGCUCUGGGAGUGAAGAUCAUCUGAGGAACUGCAGCAGUGCACAAGCUGAACCUGUCAACUGCAGCUCUGGGGAACAGCUCUACAUCACCUGUUCAGAUCCCAGCUCCAUCAGGCUGGUUGGUUCUAGGGGAGACUGUGCAGGAAGGCUGGAGGUUUUCCACAGCGGCUCGUGGGGGACUGUGCGUGAUGACUUGUGGGGUAUUGAGGAUGUUCAGGUGGUGUGCAGGCAGCUGCAGUGUGGAGAGGCCCUCAGUAACCACAUACCAGCCUGGUUUGGUCCUGGAACUGGGUCCAUAUGGAUGAAUGAGGUGGAGUGUGAGGGGAACGAGACGUCCCUGUGGAACUGCAGAUAUCAGCUGUGUGAAGAGGGUGAAUGUGGACACCAUGAGGACGUAGGAGUCGUCUGCUCAGAGUUUAAAGAGAUACGACUCACGAAGGGCUGUGAGGGGAAUCUGGAAGUGUUCUACAAUGGAACCUGGGGUAAUGUGUGUUACAAUCAGAUGGAUGAUGAGACGGCAAAUAUGGUGUGUGGAGAGCUGAACUGUGGAAGACGUGGCAGUCUGUCAAACACUGAAGCACGAGUAAAAUCUGCUCCUAACUGGCUGGAUCACGUGAUAUGUAGGAAACAUGACUCUAAUCUGUUGCAGUGUCCAUCUUCACCUUGGGGACAGAACAGAUGUGAUAAUCAUAAUGAAGUGGUUCAUAUUACCUGCACAGAUGAUGGAAAGUCUCCAUGUACACCAGGAAACUGCUCUUUACUUCCCUCUCAGAAACCCUGCUCAAAACACUGGUCUCUCAGGCUGAGUGGAGGAAAGGGAAGCUGCUCUGGGAGGUUGGAGGUGUAUCAUAACUCUACGUGGGGCUCCGUUUGUGAUGAUCAGUGGAACAUCAUGAAUGUUCAGGUGGUGUGCAGACAGCUGGGCUGUGGGUCGGCGCUGAGUGCUGAUGAUCGGUUUGGUUUUGGGGAAGGGACUUUCUGGCUGAACAGAGUGAAGUGUCGAGGGGAUGAGAUUCACCUGUGGGACUGUCAUCAUUCCCUGAAGAAUCACACUGACUGCUCUCCUGCUGGAGUCACCUGUGCAGACAUAUCCACUGUGUCCACUGCUAAAUCCACCACCAAAUCAGUAAGAACCGAUCUAAACCCUGUGUCACCUGGACCUCCAUCCUCCCCUCCACUGGUUCUCUAUGUGUUGGGAACGCUGCUCUUCCUGGCCUUAGUGCUUCUGCUGGUACUGUUUUACCAGAACAGAGUGCUCAGGAAAGUCUAUGAGGAGAUCAACCACAGAUACAUGGCUAGAAGAAGCUUCACACAAAGAGAUAAGCUCUCAGACACUGUGGAAUGGGAGAAUCAGUCAGCUGCCUACUCUCCAUUCAAGACCUUCUCCAUUGAGCAACGUAAGGUUGUUGACACCAGUCUCCUCUUUCACCUGACCCUGCUCACCGCCUUUGAACUCCUCAAGGGAGCCACUAUUUUCACCAAGCUGGAGCUGAGGCUCACCUACCAGCUUGUCCGCAUCAGAGAGGGAGAUGAGAGAUUCAACACCCCUACUGGUCACUACGAGUACCUGGUUAUCUCUGCUCCGAUCCUGGCCCUGCUGGACCCUUUCUGCCAGAUUAUUGUGGAGGUGGAUGCUUCUGAGCAUCAAAGCACUCUACCCCUGCAGUCUGGGAUCAAAGAAAAGGCUGAGUAUUAUGAUGAUGUCAUGGACACCAGUGACAUCAUAAGUGAUCCAGGAAGGGUCGACCCACCAGAGGACUACAUUGAUGCCGUCACUGUUGGACGCAUCCCUGAUAACGUGGAUGGUGUGGACGCCAUUACAGCUGAUCAGAAGUCAGUUAUACUGACAGAGGACGUGUCCGAGAACUAUGACGAUGCAGUUACCACUGAAACAAACACAAACAUCAUCACAGACAAUCCAGAAGAUUAUGAUGAUGUCAUCACUGAGGAACAGGAUGUAGGAGAGACAGAAGAAUAUGAUGACGUGGAGGGGAAAUCUCAGAAGGACAGGGACCAUGUGACUGAGACAUGUCUCCAAAGGCCUUUUGUCAGGAAAUUACAUUUCAACUUUUAUAAACACAAAAAAUGACUUUAUUAUACUUCUAAUAAUUUCAUUCAUUCUGAACCAUGUUCAUUUUCUCACCUUGUUAUUAGUAAAUAAAUUAGGGAGAGUUAAAUCACCUGUUAUUACUUAACAAAUGCUUCCAUUGUGAGCUUAGAUAUCACUGACUCACCUCACCCCAUUUAUCACCAGUUUAUUCCAUCAAAAUUACUUAAAUGUUUAUUUCACUAUUAAAUAUUUUAUUUCACAUACACAUUUAUAUAUAUAUAUAUAGUACAGAAUAUGCAGUGAAAUUAAAAUCCAGCUUAAAUGCAAUGCAUAGAAAUAAACUGAAUAUUAACUAAAUUAAAUAUAAGUAAAUAAAUAAUGAAUAGAAAUGAAAUAACUAAAAUGAUGUCUGUUAUGUUACAUGUAAGAUUACAUUAUGUGUAAACAGUGUGAAAUGUACCAUAUUUGCAUUCUUUUACAUGUAGUAAGAGUAAAGAUUGUGUAAACAGUGUG